AUGAAGGUGCUACACUCUGUGGAUGAGGUGGUUCAGUGGAGAACCGCCAAUGUUGAUAGACGGGUUCAAUCCAGCGGGUUUGUGCCAACAAUGGGAUGCUUGCAUGAAGGUCAUUUGACGCUUAUACGAGCAUCCAAGCAAGAAAACGAUUUCACAAUUGCAAGCAUAUUCGUGAAUCCAUCGCAGUUUGCACCCACAGAAGACUUGGAUAAGUAUCCCAGGACGUUGCAGAAUGAUCUGGCGCUGUUGGAAGCCGAAGGAGUCGAUAUGUGCUUUGUUCCAGGCGUGAAAGAGUUGUACCCUCAGGGUAUUCCUUUGAAUGUCGAAGAGCAGCGUGGCCCAUUUGUAAGCGUGUUGGGAGUUAGCGAGCAAUUGGAGGGUCGCACCAGGCCCAAUUUUUUCCGCGGUGUUGCUACCGUGGUCACCAAGCUGUUGAAUGUAGUAUUCCCUACUCGCGCCUAUUUUGGACAAAAAGACUUCCAGCAGUUCACGGUGCUGAAAGUCAUGACGGAGGAACUUUUUGUAAACACGCAGCUCAAGAUGAUGCCCAUUGUUCGAGAUUCUGAAGGUUUGGCUCUGAGCAGCAGAAACAGAUACUUGUGUGCAGAAUCGCGUCACAUUUCAAGAGCAAUCUAUCAGGGUCUGGACGCGGCCGCUUCUGUCAUCAAGAGCUUGCCGGAUGGUGGCCAUGUCUCACGCGAGAAGCUUUUGAACAGAGUUCGUGAGAUAUGGCAGCCUUAUGUGACUUCUGGCGACUUCAAAGUGGACUACAUUUCCGUUGCACAUGCUGGCUCGUUGCAAGAGCUGGAGGAAGUGUCCAGAGCUGUAGAUGUUGUUGUGAGCUGUGCGGUCUAUGUGACCGACAAAGAGGUCAAGACAACAACGGUGAGAUUGAUAGACAACGUGGUUUUGGCCGCCGCAUAA